CUGGCUGGCUGGCUGGCUGGCGCGUCUCUCUCGCCUGUCGAAAUGUAAGCACAAUGUGAGGAGAGAGUUCCACGGGAAAGUGUAGCGGUGACGAGAAGUGGUGAAGCAGUAAACCGCCGAGCGCGCUCCGCGAUACGCCCUGAGAAUCACCUCUUCUUCUUUUCUUUUUUUCUUUUUUUCUCUCCUCUCCAACAAACACCUCUCUAUCCACGUUACGAUUUUCUAUUCGACAGAAAUACAACAAUCCCUUGCUAUACUAUAAAAAAAGCUUCCCUGAACCGAUCGAUCUCCGUACGUUCUCUGUUCCGUACCUCUGUUCCGAAGGAAACAUGAACAACUCGCCGCAGAAUACCGAGGUGGCCGGGCAACAGCACCGUACCGGCGGCGUUGAGAACAGCGACGAGGAGGAAUGGAGUGGUGUCGUGGAAUGUGUAAUGUUAUUACAUCGACUCGUGUAUCGAAAGAAUGAUUUUUAUUUGCUGAAACAGCCUUCCUCGAGCAGUUUCUUGUUGCCCAUUUCGAGUUGUUUUUCGUGGUCAAGGAAAUUCUGUGGGUUGCACAACGCUGUCCUCGAGAGGUCAAAGUCAGAUCGUGUGACACGAGCGGAUGAAGAUAGACGUCGCCGUACCAUUAUCGUCGAGAAGAAAAAUGGCACGUACGGUUUCACGUUACAGAGCUAUGGGAUUCAUUACAAAAGGGAGCAAGAAAUCGAGAUGGUCACGUAUGUGGACUACGUCGAGUACGACGGGCCAGCUUUCAAAGCUGGUAUGCGAGAAGGUGACGUGAUAUUAUCGAUAAACGGCCACGAGAUGGACAGAGCUGAUCACAAGACGUUGGUGAAUUUCAUAAAGAACUGUGAUACCAGGAUGCGUAUGGUCGUGUCCUUCGAAGACUGUGUGAGAAAGGUGGAAUUGCAUAUGCGUUAUAUCGAGUUACAACGUGCACUUCAAUCGCGCCUCGGUGAACUGGAGAGACUGUGCGAGAGGGAACGGUCUAUUCUCAUGGGUCGAUGGAAAACCCAUUCACUGCCAGCACGCAAGAGAACGCCUAACAGCGUGAUCACGAGUAACCCUAAUCAGCAAUCGCCGUCGUCCAGUUUCAAUUCUUCCACGAUUCAAUGUUGUCGGCCGGCUACGUCCACGGAACAUCUGCUCCUCUACAACGUGUUUCCUGACGGAAGACCAUGCUUAGUACCACGGAACGCUGCCUGUCUGGUAACAGUAGGUCCACCUCGUUCGCGAAGCGAUCACCAUCAUUUCCUCUCCAAGAUGUCGAGCGAAUCAGGUGUGUCAACUUCGUCGCGACACAGUUAUCAUCAGGCGAACGGGAUGAACAGUACGCCAGCCAAAUCGAAAUCGCACAAAUCCUGUCAGCAACAACAGCAACAAUCAAGCACAAGUGGUGAUCCGCCACCUCAUCAUACUCAACCACAAAAUAGCCUAUGCCUCGCUUGUAUAUCGAGCGCCAAUCGUCGUAGAGAACAAUCAGACAAUGGUAGUUUGGACGCGUAUGAUUUAGCCAGUCCUUGCUGCGAUCCAAACUGCGUACCUAGUCGUAGACGUAGAGAAAAGCAGAGAAGAGCAAGAAAUGAACAGAAUCAUCAUCAGCAGCAGCAGCAGCAACAACAACAGCAACCACAACAACAAGUGCAACAUCAUCACGUGCAACGAGAACAAUCGCAACAAGCGCAGCAGCAGCAACAUGGCGCGCAUAACUGCUCGCGCACCUCUGGACACAGUCUUCACUCUAUUACUAGUAGCGACGUCUCGACGGCGGCUGAAAGCGUUGCCUCUUGUUCGACGAGCCUAAGCACAGAUACCCUUUAUUGGGAUCCGAGCGUUCAUCAACGACCACCACCGUGCCUUCAGUACGCCAAGCCAAAGUCCUGGGAUAAUCUGACAACAAAGGCGUUCGGUGGUUAUGGUUUUGGUUAUGGUUAUCUAGACACGGCUACAAUUAAAACACAUAGCGCCGAGCGGCCAGGAAAAAGCGCGCAUGGCAGAGCGAAAACACCAACGGGUACCGUUCAAAGGAGAACCAGCAGUAGCACCACGUAUUCAGGCAGUUCUACCAGACACUUUCAACCAACAAAGUCUACGGAAAGUUUGUUGAUACCGCCCCCUUAUCAAGGUGAAUUAGACGCUAGUUUAAGCUGCGAAUGUUUGGACGGGCCAGCACCACGAUGUGUGCCGGUGAUUCAAAUGGAGAAGCACAAUCGACAGGAGGAGGCUGGAUAUAUUAUCAGUACGCACACUCAAGUUCGACAUCGUCGGUCUAGCCAUUCAGAUGGAAAACUAAGGGCUCUAAAUAAUUCCGAAGUGACGCGCCUGUAA